CUAUAAUGAGCAACUACUUCCUCGUGAGUGGCCAUUGUGCAGAGUUUAUUCAGAACAAAUACUCAGGCUGAACCACUCAACAACACAAAUACACAGUGAGCAAACAGAACGUGCUUUCAUAACCGAGCAGUUUAUCUACUGAUCUGCAGUCGCUGACCCAUAUACUACAUGUAACACACACACACACACACACACACACACACACACACACACUCGCACACAGGGUCAGAGUGUUGGUAUAGAAACAGUCCAGGCUCACAGGAGGACAGUAGCAGGGAAUGAGCUGAACUCUGCAUAGAUGAUAACAGUCUGUGUGCAGUGAUAAGACACCAGCAGUACGUGCCUUAUCUUUAACUUUUCGACUUCUCUCGCUCACACACACACACACACACACACACACACACACACACACACACGUAUAUGUUAUGCCACUCACAUUAUAGAUACACACACAAUAAUCCCCAGUGCAGUGAAAAGCUUUGAUGUGUUGGUUCCGGGCCCGUCUACAGGUGAAACUCCACAUGUGAAAUCGGUAUCGGCAGCGAACUUUGACCUCAGACACUGAAUGCAGCUGUUUUCAGACAAUACAACAUGACAUCAGUUCCCACCCUGCUGGCCGGGACCUAACACUACAGCUACUCCUGCCAUUCUGCUGUGUCACGUUGAAGCCGUCAUUUCGCAGCGUAUAACCACUGCUUACGGCAUUUUGGUUUUAGGUUUCCAAAGAAUGACUCACAAUUACAUCAUCGUCAUCGUCGUGAGGUAAUAGUUUGUGACUCUUUUCACAGAAAUUUCUGCCGUAGAACAAUGAAAUGACCAUUUAUCCAUGUCAUACACAAAUUAUAUGAAAUGUGGAGGAUAUGACACCAUCCUUCGACGUCACAUGACGAUGUCACGGUAGCGAGGUGAAUGAAUGAGGUGUGAUAAGAGCUACUAAAAUAAGUAUAGUUUAACCCAUGUCCCAUCAGGGAAAUCAAUAUUUUAUGGCUUCACCUUUGGAGAGCGUUCAUGUCGUCCAUCUUUAAAUACAUGCUAUGAUGAGAGCACACGAGUAAAGUGGACAAAAUCUUUUUAAAAACUUCCACACAUCUCUUAACUCUUCUCUCUUUGUCUUUGAUUGACAGACACGGAACCUGGCCACAUCCCGGGCUCUAUCUGCGUGCCCUUCAACUCCUUCCUGUCCUCGUCGGGCCACUUCCUGCCCAAGGAGCAACUCCAGACUGUGUUUACCCGCGCAGGAGUUGACCUCAGUCGCCCUCUCUGCAUCUUAUGCGGCUCAGGUGUGACUGCAUGUCAUGUGGCGUUUGCGGCCCACGCGUGUGGGAACGCGGAGGUGUCGGUGUACGACGGCGGGUGGUCGGAGUGGUACACCCGCGCUGUUCCCGAGCACGUCAUAUCUGAAGGACGAGGGAAGCAUUUGUGAUCGGCUGAGGAGCACAGGCUGUGUGUUUGUGUGGUUGGACACUGGACCAGACUGGGACUGACCUGCAGGAGAAGAAGGAGGACGUUCUUAGAUUGCUGUUGGGGAAAUCGUUUAAAGGAAUAGUUUUACAUUAUGGGAAAUACUAGGUUAAAUGAAAAUAUUGAUACCUCUCUCAAGCCUGUGUUCUAAAUACUGUAUGAAGCUACAACCAGUAGCUUGUUAGUUUAGCUUAGCACAAAGACAGUUAGCCUCGGUCUGUCCAAAGAUGCUGAAUUCCACCCACCUACACGUCCGAGGGCGAUUUCACACCUGCCUUGUUUGGUCCGGACCUUUAUGUCUCGGACCACUGGACCCAAAUUCAGUCCGACCAAAAGAGGUGGUCUCAGUCCAGAUCAAAGUGACUCUUUGGAUUAACAAUAGAACAAACACACGAAGCUUUGCUCAGACUUUCAAGUGUAUAAAAAAAGAAAGGUGGUAUUUUCUCGUCCGUUUACUCACAGAUAUUUAAAUAGUUUGACAUUUAGCUCACAGAUGACUGAAGUGUUGGUAUCAACAGUCUCUGCUUGAAUUCCCAAAAUGUGAAACUAUUUCUUCAACAAAACAAUAAAGUAUUGAAAAGCAGAUGAUCACAAAUAGAACAUUUCCCCCCAAACACGCAGCAGAUGAUUCAGCUGAACAGUCAUUUGUGAACACUGAACCUUUUUAGUUUUGAAAAGAUUUGUUUACAGCUUCAAUGCUUGUGUCUAGUUCUUUGAAAUCACAAGUCGAUAUAAAUAUAUAUAUAUGUUGAGACUCAAGGUUUGAUUCCUCUGACACUUUAGGUCAUUGAUCACAUCUCAGAUACAGAUUUGAUUGUCAACAAUUAUAAGACACUAUUUUCCAAUAUUGUGUUUUCUUUGGGAAUUUUGGGGGAUUUUGUUUUUUUUUAAUAUGACUGGUAUUGUAAUGUGAUUAUGAUUCUCUUUGGUUGCCUUGACAAUUGAAAAGAUGUUAAAUAUAUGUUUUCCAGAUUCUGAACUGAAUCAUUUUCUCAUGAAACCUGGUUACACCCACGUGAGAGGGAAAAUGAGAAUCAUAGCUAAUAUAAACAAAGCAAUGCACGUUGCUUUGACCAGUUAGAAUCAGAAGCUGCUUGGAAAUUCAGGAAGUGACAAAACAAAUCAGCCUUCCUCUUUUUGCAUUUAAUAAAGACACAGUCACUGAGCAAAGGCAAUUUUCACCGAAACACUUCCCUCAAGAGGACGCCACCUGAUUCUUUAUCUCGGCCCUUCCAGCCAGAGGGAGCAGCAGUCUUAUCCUGGUCAUGACUGUCACAUGGAAUGGAACCAGCACUUUGAAGCAGCCCCUGAACAUGUUCAUCAACAGAAUGAGAAGAAGGAACAAGUGAGUGACAGCCCGAAGCAGUCUCAGGAAACAACAAUCCCAGGAGUUUCAAAUCUCCCAAAAAAAACCCACUGAUGAUUGAUGACACGACAAAUGGAGAGAAAUAAGAAAACUACUCUGCUGUUUCUUCUGGCUGCGCUUCAAGUCUGCAGCGUCAUGACGGCUGAUUGUCCCAACAACCCUGACACAACACUCAACUGCUACACUGACUACGAUAAAACCAUCACUUGUGUGUGGAACAGUACUUAUAAGUCCGAGCACACAAAUGCUAGGUGCACACUGCACGCCAAAAAGAUAAAGAAGAGCAUGUAUCCCUACAGCGCUUCCUGUGUCCUGGAUGCGGCUCAUGUCUCCAGACCAGCACUGAGGAAUUGCUCCCUGGACUUUGAACAACCAUAUAUUUUCCAGUCCUUCCACAAACUGUCCAUAAACCUGAGUUGUGACUCUGCAAAGGAUAUUUUGUUAAUUUCCUAUAAGCCAGCCUGCCACAUAAAGCUGAAUCCUCCAGAUCAACCGAGUGUCAACGUCACCACCGUCACCUUGCUUUCCAAACUGACGCAUGAAAGGAUAGCAUCUUUCAAAACAGAGCUGCAGUGGAAAAGAUGGGAUCAGUCAUGGAGUGAUCCUGCUGUGCAGACAAAAGGAAAGAUCUGUAAGCAGGUAUGUGAGGUACAGCUGGACACAGAUUUGCUCGUACUGGAAGAGAGGUACGAGGCACGUGUUCGAGUGCAGCCUGAAGCCUCGAACUGGGCCGAGUCGACGUGGAGUGACUGGAGCCGCACUGCAUCAUGGUCGUCACCUGUAGGAAUCGCAAGACAACCAUCACCACUACAAUCAGGUUUAAGUGGAGGCAUACUGUUGAUGAUCAUCGUCGGCGCAGCGCUGGCCUUGACUCUGGCCGUCAUGCUCUUUAGGAACGAAAAAGCCACUUGGGUUUACAGGAAGAUCAGAGGUCCGGACCCGGGAAAAUCCUUCCUUAAAGAUCCAGAUUUCCAGAAUUGGUUGAGCCCUCACUUCACAAACGAGUUCUUUCUCUCCACGAAACUGGAGGAUAUCGCCUCUGUAGAAGUGGUCUCCACUGUGGACGCUGUCACACUGUGCAGCAAAGAGGCCCCUCUGCUGGAGAAGAGGAGUAAUGAAAGCAGCUCCAGUUUUUUGAACCCCAGUUACUCCCACCUCUUUCCUCCAACUUGCUCCCUGCCCACCACGGCGAAUCUGGAGCCCUGUGCCGGUGAUGCACCUCGUGGUCACAGUCUGGGUGAAGGCAAAAAUACAGAACAGGAUAGAGAGGAAGAAAGAAUGAAAGAACUGGAGAUCCUACAGUUGCUUUCCAAAGGCAGCAACAGUGAGCCAGUGCCAGUCGUUUCUGACUAUGAGAAGGUUGAGAAGCUGCAGGUCCAAUGCAUCAGGCUCCACACUCUAGAUUCAGGGGUGGGCAGUGAUGAAGAGGUGAGUGAGGAGAGAAUGGAGGCAGAUAACAUCAGUGCGAAUGAGAGCCAAGACAAAGGGCCGAAGAACCUGGAGGAGGAGAAAGACGGAGGGAAUGGACAAAUCGACUUUCAGAAACUGUUUGGAGGCAGUGGAAGUGUUUUUGGCAAAGGGUCAAUUCAGAUUUGUUCCGAUUAUAAGCCAGUCCAGAUGCUUCAGCCUGAGAGCCCGGAGCUCCCUAGCCUGGAUUCAGGGGUUAGCAGUGGGGGUGAGGAGCGGGUGAGUCACGAGGAGAGCCUGGAAGACGUCGACAUUUCCAGCGAAUCCACACACUUCCUGUUUCCUCCUCCUCUCGCUUCCAGUGCUUUGCAGCAUUCCGGGCUUACUUCACCACAGCAGCUGCCGAAGUUCUCUGGUUUGAGAUCAGCUCUUCGACCUCCAAGUCCAAGUCUUAGAGCAGGAGGGUUGGAACCCUCCGGUGACGGAUAUAUGCCAGCGAGACAAGAGCCGUGUUGACUAUAUACAGAAAGCUUUUCACCCAUUACAUGAAAUAUCAAGCUGGCGUGAUGCAUGGUGACGGCUGACUAGCUCACGCAAGUGCUCAGCGGUUCGGACAUUUGCAGAUGAAGAACGUCGCAGGACAUUUUCCAGUCCGACGCAUUCAUAACACAAAAGGAGCAUUCGGGCGGGGGGGCAGCUGCACGAGUGUUUUUUGCAGGUGUGAAAUCAGUAACGUGACAUCAUAUCAUAGAUUUAUGAAGUGAGCGAUGUCUUUCAGUGAAGGGAUGACUGUAAUUACCAUUUUAUUCCAAAAGUUUGUUCUUUAUAAUCUUGUGAAAAAUGUGCAUUUGGUUAUUUGUACAAAUUUGCAUCCGUUAUAUGAAAAUGUUUUUUUAUGAUUUAAUAAGAGACUGAGUGAUUCAUCGAUUGGUUGAUAAAAAUAUCGAUGUCUGUCAUGAACAUGUCUGUUCUGUUUUUGCCAAUAUGCUGAAAAUAUGUUUUUUUGAAUGUAAAAUGUUUCUAUUUUUGGUAUUUUUUUAUAAAUAUUUAUAAUAAAGUUUAUGGUUUUCAUCAA